GGCGAAACACGUAAAUAUUCCAAACCCAAACUCCUAUAAACCAUUAAACCUACUCCUUCCCUCACCCAAAUCCUAUCAGCAGCGCCGCUCAUCUGCUUCUCUUCUCCUUCUCUUGCCUUUCCAGGUUCCAAACUCUCGUUCUUCCUCCAGCUCCUAUCCUUUAACAGGAAAUGGCAGUUACAUUCAACGACUUGGGUUCUGCUGCCGGCUUGAAGAAGCUCGAUGAGUAUCUCCUCACUCGCAGUUACAUCUCUGGAUACCAAGCUUCAAAGGAUGAUAUCACCGUCUACACAGCUCUAUCUGGGGCCCCAUCGUCUAGCUAUCUGAAUGUUUCUCGAUGGUACAAACACAUCGAUGCCCUUUUGAGGAUCUCAGGUGUUUCUGAAGAAGGCUGUGGUGUGACUGUUGAGGGAUUUGCUCCCGCUGAGGCUGUGGCCACUCCUCCAACUGCAGAUUCAAAGGCUGCAGCUGCUGAAGAUGAUGACGAUGAUGAUGUAGACUUGUUUGGUGAAGAGACUGAGGAGGAAAAGAAGGCAGCUGAAGAACGUGCAGCUGCAGUUAAGGCCUCUUCCAAGAAGAAAGAAUCCGGAAAGUCCUCGGUAUUAUUGGAUAUUAAGCCAUGGGACGAUGAGACAGACAUGAAAAAGCUUGAAGAAGCAGUAAGAAGUGUUCAAAUGGAAGGACUACUUUGGGGAGCUUCUAAGCUUGUGCCUGUUGGUUACGGAAUCAAGAAAUUGCAAAUUAUGAUGACAAUUGUGGAUGAUUUAGUGUCGGUUGAUACUCUGAUUGAGGAACAUCUUACAGUGGAACCAAUUAAUGAAUACGUUCAGAGCUGUGAUAUUGUUGCAUUUAACAAAAUAUAAACUAUUUUGGGAUGCUGCAAUAGUAGUUUCUUGAGGAGUCCUUCAAAUUUAAGAUUUUCAUGUUUUCUUGUUCUGCUAGAACUUUAAUUUAUUGUGUUGGUUAUUGUUUUUUGUUUUGCUAGAACUCAAUUUAUUGUGCUGGCUUUUAUUAUCUUAUUUAUAAAAGAAACAAUUAUUCAUAA